GCACUCUUUUUUCUUUUCUUCUUUUUUUCCAAUCUUCUCAACUCUCGACAAGAUGGCAGAAGAGCAAGCGGCUCAGCCCGCUCCCAUGGACACGCUGGAGGGCAACGCACUGCUCGCACAGACGGAUGGCCUUGACGAGGAGAUCCUGCGCCUGUCGACCGACGAGAUUCUUGCUCGAACCAAGAUGCUCGAGAACGAAAUCCGAAUCUUCCGCUCCGAGACGACGCGCAUCGGUCACGAAAUUGUAGACAUGAACGAAAUGGUCAAGGAGAACCUGGACAAGAUUGCCGUCAACAAGCACCUGCCGUACCUGGUCGGCAACAUUGUCGAAAUCCUUGACUUGGAGCCAGAGGAUGGCGGCGAUGCAGGCUCGCUCGACCUCGACUCGCAGCGCAAGGGCAAGUGCGCCGUGAUCAAGACCUCGACACGCCAGACCAUCUUCCUCCCAGUCAUCGGCCUCGUGCCCCCGGAAAAGCUCUCUCCCGGAGCGCUCGUUGGUGUGCACAAGGACUCGUACCUGAUUCUUGACACACUACCUGCAGAGUAUGACUCUCGUGUCAAGGCUAUGGAGGUUGACGAGAGGCCAACGGAAGAGUACAACGACAUUGGCGGCUUGGACAAGCAAAUCCAAGAGCUCGUCGAGGCGAUCGUCCUCCCCAUGACACACCGAGAGCGCUUCCAAAACCUCGGCAUUCGCCCGCCAAAGGGCUGCUUGCUGUACGGACCCCCCGGCACGGGCAAGACCUUGAUGGCACGCGCUUGCGCUGCCCAGACAAAUGCCACCUACCUCAAGCUGGCCGGUCCCCAGCUCGUUCAAAUGUUUAUCGGUGAUGGUGCCAAGCUGGUUCGCGACGCGUUCGCCCUCGCGAAAGAGAAGGCGCCCGCAAUCAUCUUUAUUGAUGAGCUCGAUGCCAUCGGCACCAAGCGUUUCGACUCGGACAAGGCCGGCGAUCGUGAGGUCCAGCGCACCAUGCUCGAGCUCCUCAACCAGCUCGACGGUUUCUCGUCUGACGACCGCAUCAAGGUCAUUGCCGCCACCAACCGCAUUGAUAUUCUAGAUCCCGCCUUGCUACGAUCCGGUCGUUUGGAUCGCAAGAUUGAGUUCCCAUUGCCAACCGAAGAGGCACGAGCUCGCAUCAUGCAAAUCCAUUCGCGCAAGAUGAACGUCAGCCCCGACGUCAACUAUGAGGAAUUGGCACGCUGCACAGACGACUUUAACGGUGCCAUGCUCAAGGCUGUCUGCGUUGAAGCUGGUAUGAUUGCUCUUCGUCGCGAGGCGACUGAGCUUGUGCACGAGGACUACAUGGAAGCAUUGCAAGAAGUUCAAGCAAAGAAGAAGGCCAACCUCAACUACUAUGCUUAAAUUGCGUGUUGUUGUUGUUGUUGUUGUUGUUGUUGUUGCCCUCAUAUUCCCAAAUGGAC